UUCUGAAGCCUUUCCAAUCAAAACAAGCUCCCUUACUGAUGUGAGAAAAUGUCCCCGUGCCAAUGGAGAGUGAGCUCAAUCACGGCCUGAUCCCGUCUCCUCAUGUCCAAUAUGUGCCUGAAAUUCCGCCUGGGUCUGAGUCUCAUCAUCCUGAUUGGAUUUUCAUCAGUUUGGUGUCGGUCUGAUGGGCUAAAUCCUCAACCUCAUUCCCUGGCCAAGCUGAGCAAUCAGUUUCUCUUGGAAGGCGACGAAGCGGACCGCCAAGCCGAAGCCGAACGGGAUCGGCUCCACGACCUCAAGUACAAAGGCCGGGGGAAAUUAACUUGUCAAUCCUGCCAAUCACCUCACUGCGAAGAUGACACGCCCUUUGGCACCUGCUCGAAUGCUCUCCGAUGUUUCACGUCCAACGUCCGCGAUAGCAAUGGGCAAAUUCAUCGCUCAAGGGGGUGCACUCGAGACUUGGCGGAUACGGCCUUUCAUUGCAGUGUGGCCGCUUACGACGGUCGAAAGGUCCACGAGAAGACCUCAAACUCAGCCCAGUACGCGGUGACGUGCUGUAAAGUGGAUCUUUGCAAUAACGGGACCGAUUGGCCCCGCUUACCUCCAGUGCCGAUUUUGGAAACCGACCUGGUACAGGUCUCUGAGGAUGACGGCCAUUUGAAUCGGAUCGUGGUGAUUUUGUUGGUCAUUUUUGUUCCUUUCCUGAUCUUUGGCGCUCUCGCCUGGCUGGCUUUUUGUGAGAUUCGUCGGCGACACCGCAAACGAAUGGCUGAGCUCAAUCAGAUGGACAUGUACGGUGGCACUCAUGAGGGCGAUGAAUUGGUAGCUUUAAGAGCGCGCCCCGUGGGCGAUUCCACUUUACGAGAGUUCCGCGAUGGUGACGGGUCCUUGACGUCCGGAUCGGGAUCGGGGCUACCUUUCCUGGUCCAACGAACCCUGGCUAAGCAGAUUCAGUUGGGUGGAUGCAUCGGAAAAGGCCGUUACGGAGAGGUUUGGCAAGGAACGUGGAAUGGAGACUCGGUGGCUGUCAAGAUAUUCUUUUCCCGACAUGAGAGCUCUUGGAAACGAGAGACCGACAUCUACUCGACCAUUCUGCUUCGCCACGAGAAUAUCCUCGGGUACAUUGGGUCGGAUUUCACCUCCCAUAACUCGUGUACUCAGAUAUGGCUAGUGACCCAUUUUCAUCCUCACGGGUCCUUGUACGACUAUUUGAAUAAACCCGUGGUAUUGGGGCCGCGAGAGGCUCAUAAAAUGAUCUUGAGCGCCCUCAAUGGAAUCGUUCAUCUUCACACUGAGAUCCACGGCACUCAAGGCAAACCGGGGAUCGCCCAUCGGGACAUCAAAUCCAAGAAUAUCCUCGUCAAAUACGACGGAUCCUGCAUGAUUGCGGAUUUCGGCCUGGCUGUUACCCACAAAGAAGCGACGGAUGAGCUCAACAUCCCGGAGAACUCAAGGGUGGGUACGAAACGGUACAUGAGCCCGGAAAUUCUCGAUCUGAGCAUCAAUGAGAAGAAGACUUUCGAAGCGUUCCGUCAAUCUGACGUAUACUCAUUCGCCCUCGUAAUCUGGGAAGUUCUUCGCCGAACGGACUUGAAUCUCUCCGAGGCCGAUUCAUACGCACUUCCCUACCAUCAAGAUGUCGGACCAGACCCCAGUUUUGAUGAGAUGAGGAAGGUUGUGUGCCUCGAUCAGCGUCGACCACUAGUGAAUGAGCGGUGGUCUUCAGAUCCGAUCACCCAUGGGAUAGCCCGUAUGAUGCAAGAGUGCUGGUAUGAAGACCCAAAUGCUCGACCUUCUUCCCUUCGGUUGAAAAAAUCUAUUGCUGCGUUACUCAAACCGUUGAACGCACCCUCCAAUGAGCAACCCUCGCCUUUCAAGGCUUUUACGCCGUCAAUAAGUUGAUCACAUGUUGAAGUAGAGACGCAUCGCUAAAUCUUC